AUGGUACACUUGAAAAAGAUACCGUGGGCUACUAACUCUUAUCUGGAUUCUAUUUGGUGCUUUUAUCAAAGAGUAGAUUUAAUUUAAACGUUAAAUUAAAAUAUUUAAAUCUUAUUGCCGUUGCAUAUUCUUUGUGUUAUUAAUUAAUUCAAAAUAGAGGUUUAAACAAGGAUUCGUGGAAAAUGAAAUUAUAACAGUAGUUGGAUUCUAAAAUAUUGCUCUGCUUUAAACAAUUAUUUUUAUUUGAAAGGAAAUUCAUUAACAAUCGAUACAGUCCUACGUUCAUCGAUGCUGAAAUGUAUCAGUUGCAUUUACAAAAUUGUAUAUUUUUAUGAAUCAAAAAACAAAAAAAUGAAUUUUAAACAAAAAUUUGUAUUAUUCAUUAAAUUUUACAACAGUCACUUGAAUAUUUAAAAUUUCAAUAUUUUAUAUAUAAAUGAUACAUACGUAUGAUGUGCAUUCUGAAAUGCACUUAAUAUUCGCAGUCUACAAUUGAACAAAACCUUUAUAUCUUCUGAAUCUAAUUUUAAAUGAUGAAUGAACAUUUUAUUACGUUGAUUAUUUUUCUGAAACGAUCAAUCGAUCAAAAAUAUACUUCUGCAAGCACUUCAUAAUUAAUUAAGAAAGAAGUCUACAUUAAUUCCGUUCAGGACGUAAUAACGAAAAAGCCUUAAACGUAUCUUAAAACGAAUUUAUUUAAAAAAAAAUAUAAUUCAAUGACACAAAUCACAGUUACAGAUGUUGCAAAUGAAAAAUUCAAUUACAAUCUCAACGUUGGCCCUCGCCAAAUUGAGUAGCACACGAACUUUUCAUUACAUACUGAUAAUUUUUUUUUUUUUUCGAAAAUUGAUCGAUCCAUUCUAUAUCUAGCCGAGAGUAUGGUCCCGUAAGUACCAGUUCAGAGCGGAGAGUCCGCUCUGAAUAAAACGUAUGUAAGGAAAUGUUAUAGCGUAGCGUGCGGAGAGUCUGGUUGAUCGAGUUGAAAUGGAAAAUCGAUGAUUUCACAGAGCCCCAAAAUGCAAUCUGCGGGAACGGAGUUGUAGAAGAUGGUGAAGAGUGUGAUUGCGGAUGGGAGGAGGACUGCAACGACCCUUGUUGCCACCCUCAACGGCUUCAUCAUGCCCCUCACGAGGUACCUUGUCGUCUUGCCGAUGGUGCAGUGUGCAGUCCCAGUCAGGAUAAUCGUUCGAAAGAAAUUGCAAAUAAAAUACCACCUCUAUAUAAAUUGAAUUUCAAACAAUUACUUGAGCAAAGUGCCUUGCAGCGAAGUUGCCGAGGAAAUUUUUAUCCAAAAGAGACGGACAGAAUUGAUUCGAAACAAGUGACAGUUAGGUCGGACAAGGUACACGAAGUGCGACACGGCAAGCUGAAAGUUAAAAUUGCAUUUCUCCAAGAGAAAGAUGUCAAAUUCUUGCUUACAUUUGUGCUUGCUGAAAUAUUAAAAGGCAAACGGGCGGAAGCUGCGAAUUUUCUACGGGUCUCCGAGGAGAGAUAUUUUUACAAACGUACCGAAUAUACUCUUUUAACAGUGAGUUCCUUUGGAAUUUCGACAGAGACUCAUUUUCAUUUUCUGCGAAAGCUACACGCUGAAUAUGUUAUGAAUUCCUAUUGAAUAUCUUGAAAGCGUAAUGUCGCAGGAAACGGAAUGUGAACGCGCGAUGCCUCUUCUUCCUCUGUGAGACGUGAGCCACUUCUUCCAGAAGACGUUCUUCAUCGAUUUACUUUCGUUACCUUAAAAAUAAAAAGAAGAGGGAGAUACUUAUAUAACUUCUUGCCCAUUAGUGAUAGCAUCAAAUCAACAAUUCAUUGAUGAAACGUUGAAGAUCAUUUGUUAAUUUAUGUAAAUUUUUGACUACUGAAUUACAAUCAUUUUUAAUCUUACAUAUUUUUGAUAAUUUUAUUAAUUAUUAAAGAACAAAGCUAUACAUACAACAGAAGUGUGCACAUCGAUAAUCAGUUAA